GGCCGCUAGUGCUGGGGCCAAGCUGAGUCCUGCGAGUCCUCCUGGGUGGGCCGCGGUGGCUGCUCCCGUUUCGGGAGAGGGUCCUCUGGGUCUGACCUGCCGCCAUCAUGCAUGACGCCUUCGAGCCGGUACAGAUUCUGGAAAAGCUGCCGCUGCAGAUCGACUGUCUGGCUGCGUGGGAGGAAUGGCUUCUAGUUGGGACAAAACAAGGACACCUUCUCCUUUACACAAUUCGAAAAGAAAUAGGAGAGGUUACGACAUCAGAAAGUGGCUGUUGCAACAGGUUUGAAGUGAAACUAGAGAAAUCACACAAGAACUUCUCAAAGAAGAUUCAGCAGAUUCAUGUUGUGCCCCAGUUCAAAAUUUUGGUUAGUUUGUUAGAAAACAGCAUUUAUGUUCAUGACCUGUUGACGUUUCAGCAAAUCAUGGCAGUUUCCAAAGCUAAGGGAGCAACUCUCUUCACCUGUGACCUGCAGCAUUCUGAUACGGGAGAAGAAGUCCUGAGGAUGUGCGUAGCAGUGAAAAAGAAGCUACAGCUCUAUUAUUGGAAAGACAGAGACUUCCAUGAACUGCAGGGAGACUUAAGUGUGCCAGAUGUACCCAAGUCAAUGGCAUGGUGUAAAAAUUCCAUCUGUGUGGGCUUCAAGAGGGACUACUAUAUAAUAAGGGUGGAUGGAAAGGGCUCCAUCAAAGAACUCUUCCCCACAGGAAAGCAGCUUGAGCCACUGGUAGCCCCUUUGGCAGGUGGCAAAGUUGCUGUAGGCCAAGAUGACUUAACUGUUGUGCUAAAUGAAGAAGGGAUGUGCACACAGAAAUGUGCCUUGAACUGGACUGAUAUCCCAAUAGCCAUGGAGCAUCAACCUCCUUAUAUUGUGGCAGUACUGCCAAGGUAUGUAGAGAUCCGUACUUAUGAGCCCCGUCUCCUGGUACAGAGUAUUGAGCUGCAGAGGCCACGAUUCAUUACUUCAGGAGGUACAAAUAUUGUGUAUGUGGCCAGCAAUCAUUUUGUUUGGCGACUUAUCCCAGUUUCUAUUGCAACCCAGAUUCAGCAGCUUCUCCAAGAUAAGCAAUUUGAAUUGGCUCUGCAGUUGGCAGAUAUGAAAGAUGACUCUGAUAAUGAAAAGCAACAACAGAUCCAUCAUAUUAAGAAUCUCUAUGCCUUCAAUCUCUUUUGCCAAAAACGCUUUGAUGAAUCUAUGCAGGUCUUUGCUAAACUUGGGACAGAUCCCACCCAUGUGAUGGGUCUUUAUCCUGAACUGUUGCCUAGUGAUUACAAGAAACAGCUCCAGUAUCCCAAUCCUGUGCCUGUUCUGUCUCCGGCAGAACUGGAGAAAGCACAUUUGGCACUUAUAGACUACUUAACUCAAAAAAGAAGUCAGUUGGUGAAGAAAUUGAAUGACUCAGAUCAUCAGUCCAGUACUUCUCCCCUUAUGGAUGGCAUCCCCACCAUCAAAUCCAAGAAGAAACUGCUGCAGAUCAUUGACACAACCCUGUUGAAAUGCUAUCUUCAUACCAAUGUAGCCCUAGUGGCACCACUCUUGCGCCUGGAGAACAACCACUGCCACAUUGAAGAAAGUGAGCUUGUGCUCAAGAAAGCUCACAAAUACAGUGAACUGAUCAUACUGUAUGAAAAGAAAGGUCUGCAUGACAAAGCUUUGCAGGUACUAGUGGAUCAGUCAAAGAAAGCUAACUCACCUUUGAAGGGUCAUGAGAGGACAGUGCAGUACUUGCAACAUUUGGGCUCAGAGAACUUGAACUUAAUAUUUGCCUAUUCUGUUUGGGUGCUUAGAGAUUUCCCUGAGGAUGGAUUGAAAAUAUUUACAGAAGAUCUACCUGAGGUGGAAGCCCUCCCACGUGAAAGGGUUCUUAACUUCCUGCGGGAGAAUUUUAAAAGUUUGGCUAUUCCUUACUUGGAACAUAUAAUCCAUAUCUGGGAAGAGGCUGGUUCAGAAUUCCACAACUGCCUAAUUCAGCUUUACUGUGAGAAAGUGCAAGACUUAAUGAAAGAGUAUCUCACCUCUUUUCCUCCAGAUAAAACACCAGUGCCAGCUGGAGAGGAGGAAGGAGAACUAGGAGAGUAUCGGCAAAAACUUCUUUUCUUUCUUGAGACUUCCAGUUGCUAUGAUGCCGAGCAGCUUAUCAGUGACUUUCCCUUUGAUGGCCUUCUAGAAGAACGUGCAUUGCUGCUGGGACGGAUGGGAAAUCAUGAACAGGCACUCUUUAUAUAUGUGCACAUCCUGAAGGAUACCAAAAUGGCUGAAAAUUACUGUCACAAACACUAUGACAGAAGCAAAGAUGGCAGCAAAGAUGUGUACUUGUCUCUGCUCCGAAUGUACCUCUCACCGCCUAGUGUCCAUUGCUUAGGACCAAUCAAGAUGGAACUUUUGGAACCUCAAGCUAAUCUCCAGGCUGCAUUGCAAGUUUUGGAACUUCAUCACAGCAAGCUGGACACUACCAAAGCAAUAAACCUCCUCCCAGCCAACACUCAAAUUAGUGAGAUCCGAAUCUUCCUGGAAAAGGUCCUUGAAGAAAAUGCACAGAAGAAGCGAUUCAGUCAAGUACUUAAGAACCUUCUCCAUGCUGAAUUCUUGAGAAUACAGGAGGAACGGAUCGUACACCAGCAAGUAAAAUGUAUAAUCACAGAGGAAAAAGUUUGCAGUGUAUGUAAAAAAAAGAUUGGAAAUAGUGCCUUUGCCCACUAUCCCAAUGGAGUAGUUGUGCAUUAUUUCUGUUCCAAAGAAGUCGGUACAGCAGACACCUGAAAGGAUUGACCUAUAUAACAUGAACGGCAGUAGCUAUGAUGCUUAUGUGGAAGGAGAGAGGAGGCGAUCAAACAAGCAAAGGCAUCUCUAAACUUCUGAGCCCUGUUGCUUUCAAACAGCUUAAGCUCAAAGUGGCUCCAUCAGAUGACUCUACUUGUACUUUGCCAAUAUUGGCUUAGUACCUAUUUUUCAGUAUACUCACUGUAGGAUAACCUCUGCACUUUUGCAUGAGGAAGGAUGAAAACAGCAAUGAGUAGCCAUUGCACUCCAGAUCUUGCAGUAGUAAUCUUUAGACAAGUCUCAAAUAUCAACCAAGGAUAGUCAAAUGAUGAUGAUGGAUGGGAGAUGUUUUGUGUUGGAUUCCACAUUCCAAUCAUAGGGGGAAAAAACACCUUUUGUCAUCAUUUAAUCAGCUUUCUAUUGAGAUUUACUUCUAUCAGCUGGUGCUUCUAGAAUGACUAUUCCUGGAUUUCCUUCUCCCUUUUGUUAGAAAUAAGUCGAUAUGAGCCACAGAAUUGUUACCAUUUGUACCCAGAAUGGUUAUCACUGAUAUAAAAAGUUCCAAGCGGUUCUAGUCUCAUACGGUGUGAUAGAAACUGGCAAACACGUAUUUUCCCUUUUCAGUUUGCUCUUGAGAAGUAUGUAAAUACAAACUAUUUGCACUGUGUACAGUCAUUCCUGUUACUAAUUAAUAAAAAGUCACAAUGAUUGUUUCAUGGGACAGGGAACAGGCAUCUGCACUUGUACCAAAAAUUAAAAACAGUCUGUUUAACAUCCUCACUUGGAAAAAUAGGGGUGUGUGUGUCUUACCGCUUAAGUAUUUAGUCAAGACUUUGGAGUUACCAUUGCUUGUAAAUGCUUUUUAUUCAGUCUCCAGCACAUUAUACCCCAUUCAGACUUGUGCUUUCUGUGACUUUCUGUACCUGAAUCGCAUUACUAAUGGAAAAUUUUGGUUUGCACAUGCCCUUAAACGCUGUAGCAUUUUUGUUGUAACAUUUUUUUCUGCAAAAAUUAAUAUGUGAAGAGAACAUACAUGUAUAUAUGUGUUCACAAGAAUGCAGAAGUGUUCAGAGCAGCAAUUCAUGGAGAGAGCAGUUGGUUCAGAAUAGCUGUAUGGGGAAUUUUCCUCAACAUCCCAGUCCAGCUGUGGGGUUUUUAAAUUAAUACUUGUAAUCAUUUAGCAAGUUGGGCAUAUAGAGUUCAUUUCCAGGUUUUGCCAAAAAAUCCUGACAAGUAGACUGAGGAAAUUAAGGUACAGUAAAACCUUCUUGUAUGGUGACUGGAUUUCUCUGAGUUUCUAGCCAAUUUGUUGAAGCACAAGGAUAAAUGGUAAUACAUACUGAAUCUUCUCUAAAGCAGCUUGGCCUUCUGUAGCAGUUGCUUCGCUGGUUUUCUCCAUGACAUUUCCAUUAAAGUAUAUCCUCAAGGUCACAUCUACAGCAUUUUGGGCAGUAAGUCUUCAGGUUCGGGAUUUGUUCUUGUGAAGUUUUUUGUUAUUCUAUUUUUUCUGUUUGAAGAAGAGAACACAUAACGCCACUGGAUUUUGUUUGUGCAUUUAUUAAGAUACCUUUGCUAUGUACUACAGAUUUGAGGGGUUUGGAGUCUUGGAGAUUUAGGCAUAUGUAACUGACAACAAAUGGAAGCUAUUGUAUAAACUCAAUCAUCUGCAGCCCAUUCUGACCCUAACAGUACACAAUUGAGUCUAUCUGCUGCCAAUAAAAUUCUGUGCUGCAUUUGAAGCUUUUCAAAUGUACUUUUCUCUUCCACAGUGAAGCUUCUAUGUGCCUCAGUUCACUUCAGUUACAUACUUUUUGCAGAGAUGUGGCUUGUGCUGUAAUUGCCUGCUGAUAGUCCUGCACAGUAUCUGGGACAUUAACUGUAU